AUGAAAUAUCGAGCUCCACCUACGUCUGUGCCAAAGUGCAGCCUCUCAAGAGUGUGUCCACCCAACCAUAUUGCUUUACGUAUCAGGAGCGGCGCCGCUGAUAUUGUCGGGCCAACAGUCUGUUUUGAUGGCAAAAUCAUAAUGAGUCAUGCACUGAAUAACGUGGGACCAGGGCUAAACAUUGCAGUGAUAAAUGGUGAAACUGGAGUUGUAGAAAAAUCUGUCUGUCUUAACAUGAAAACAGGAGACCCAAAAGACAUCCUUGCACACCUGAAGAAGAUAAAACGUGGAAUGAUCGUUUUGGUGGCCUCCUUUGAUGAUGUCACACAAAAAAUGACAAAUGAAAUGAGGGAGAUAUUCAGUGAAAUGGGAAGCACUUUGAUCAGGUCUGUGAAGCGCAGAGACAGCUGGGUGUUUGCUGGAAGAGCAGGCACAAAAAUCAAAAGCCUCUUUGAGAAGCAAGCUGUUAAUGAUGAAAAAAACAACAUUUAUGGAGGAUGGCCAGAGAUGGUGGAGGUGGGCGGCUGUUUCCCAAGAGUCUUCAGCGACUGA